AUGCCUAAGCGUAACAGGGAACCUCGGCCCCAGCAUGUUCUAAGUGUCACCGAGGGGAGAAUACUAACUCCGACGGAGCUUCGGGAUGACUCCAAUCUAGAAGUACGAUACGGUGUCAUCUAUGGACUGCUGGGCAUCUCCACCAGCCCCGCGAAAUUCCUGCUUGAAGACAGUAAACGGACUUUACCUAAGUUUCGUAACCAGUGCCGUUGGGAUCGUACUAACGGGCACAUUGAAGUUGACGGCCAAGCGGUCCUUGCACCAAUGCGACGCGAUGAAUAA